CGCAUUUCUUGCUCUUUGGUCUCUCCAGAAUCAUCCUCCGGCCGAGCCUUCUUGGUCUACUCAUUCGAUUGCUUCACCAUUCUUUCCUGCUCCUGCUCUUUGGCAUUUUUUUCACUCCUCCCAUCGAAUUCUCAAUCCAGGAAUCCUCCCGAGAUUCGCUUGCCCGCCCUUUUCUUUUCAAGUGGAUCUGAACUUGGGAGGGAACCCCGAUGCAGCCGCGGUACGGAGAAGCACGACAGCCGCUGCCGGGGCGGUACGCGCUGUACCACUUCGGCACCAGCGGCGCCGCCGUCGCCGCCGCCACCGCCGUGACCCAUCCGUUCGAUGUUAUCAAAGUCAGGCUUCAAAUGCAGCUUGCUGGGCAAAGAGGAAACUUAGUUGGAAUGGGAACAAUAUUUACACAAAUGGUUGAAAGGGAAGGGGCUCGGUCACUCUACCUGGGACUUGCACCAGCGUUGGCGAGAGCUGUUGUCUAUGGUGGCCUUCGGUUUGGACUGUAUGAGCCCUGCAAGCAUGUCUGCAGUUAUGCAUUUGGUUCAACAAACUUUGCUUUUAAAUUUGCAUCUGGAGUCAUUGCUGGGGGCCUUGCAACUGCUUUAACAAAUCCCAUGGAAGUUUUGAAGGUGAGGCUGCAGAUGAGUAAAAGCAGUACCAGUACAAUAAGAGAGAUGAGAAAAGUUAUAGCGCACGAAGGGUUUAAAGCACUUUGGAAAGGAGUCGGCCCAGCAAUGACAAGAGCAGGUUGCCUCACUGCAUCACAAAUGGCGACUUACGAUGAGGCCAAACAGGCCUUAAUGAAGUGGACACCACUUGAAGAAGGUUUUCAGUUACAUCUCAUGUACAGUGAAUUCUCUAUUUCUCUAUUAUGAUGUGUAUCCUUUAAUGAGAUGAAUGGAUGGCUAAUCUUUAUCUGCUUGGAAGCUCGAGUUUCAUAGCUGGAACAGCUGGUACUCUUGUGACCGCACCUGUAGACAUGAUCAAAACACGGUUAAUGCUGCAACAGGAGUCCAUAGGCGCCAGAGUAUACAGGAACGGAUUCCAUUGUGCUUCCCAGGUGUUGAUCUUAAUAUUUCAUUUUUGAUGUUUGUGCUAUUAGGAAUUAUUCCUGGUAAGAACAUUGCUAGAAUUACUUUCUAUAAGUGCCUGAAAGCACUGCGAAAUUGUUAAGCUACAACAUUAGUAGUGAACUAUUGUCACAAGAUGAGAACAGGAAUGUUACAACCGAGGAGAUUGGAAAUACAAUACCUUGAGCGCCAACAACAUGAAGGUAUUCUUCUGAUAUUUGUUUCCAUUCUCUUGGUUUGCAGGUUGUGGUGACAGAGGGUGUGAAGUCACUUUAUAAAGGGUGAGAACUGCAUGUACUGCAUCUAUAUGUUUUAUAUUAUAAUAACAGUGGUCGUUUACUAAUCAGCUUGAUUUGUUGAACAUGCUGUCUCUAUUUUCAGUGGAUUUGCCACAUUCGCGAGAGUAGGCCCUCAGACAACGAUUACCUUUGUCGUGUGCGAGAAACUGCGCGAACUUGCAGGAAUGACUGCCAUCUAGUGCCACCCCAAAUUGCAUAAUGUGUGGGGUCCAACGGUUGAACAGCAUACUCUACCCGAGUUUUCACACCAUUCUUUAUUCACCAUUCAUGAUGAGAAGGGAGAAGAUAAGCACCCACUGGGAUGUUUAAGGAUUGGGAAGCCAGAGCUCCUUCAGAUUUAUCAUACCUCAUUUGAAAUUUCGAAAUAGCGUGAUUGUUGUUAUGUUUGCUCUAAGACUUACUCAUCAUAUCUCUAAUCUCAUCUUGUAUUUCGAACUACACUCUACGAACAAUACAGUCUACAAUGUAAAAACAUUAUUUUUGGUGACCAUAUGGGUAACCUGUUGUACAUGCUGUACACGGUCU